AUUUUCAAAUUUCAGAAAGCAACAAACAAAACGUUUAAGAGCUUAUGCAGCCUGGUACUUUAUACUAUACAGUUAACAACACAAGUACUUGCUGGCACGCAAUUCACAUCGCACGUAUCCGUGAAUACCCCUGCUCGCAGUUUCAGCCACGGAGUUGGUGAUCCUUUGUCUGUAAUUGAAAAAAGGCACCAUCAGCACCGAGCUAGGGCAAUUUUGGCAGAAAACUUUAACGGCUGGAAGUCGUCGUUGACACAAGGAAGAGGCUAUCCAAAAACGAGGCCAACGAUACCAUUCACCGAGGAAGAAGUGCCACGGGAAACAAUUAGCCAGAUACCGUGGCAAUAUAACAGUUUUAUGGAGGUCUCCAUACCAGUGCUACCUCCAUCGCCUUAUAGAGUAGAUUCACCUGACCCUGAAUCUCUAUGGCCGGAAGGUCUAUAUCUUCCAUCCAUUAGCCCUCCUCGCUUCGGUACAAACUUCGGAAGACGAGCCGACACUGGCGAGGUAACGUCAGAACCCGAGCCACUGGACCCGUACCUACUAGAAGGUACGGAGGCAAUCGCUGCAGUGGAGAAAUCAUUACUCCACGGCCACCUAUACUUCCAUGAUAUUCCCCACAUCAACUCUUUGCUCGCCAAUCAAGAGCUGAGGAUCAACAAUAGACUACAACCCCAUCGACUGGGCAGCAUACGUCACACUUGGCCUUUCAAUCGACCCUAGCGAAUAUAAAUUAAAACAAACUUAAAAGUACAACAUUGUAUUUGUAUAAAGAUGUAAAAAUACUCAUUACAAUAAAUUUUAUUUAAAGUAAUAAUUAUUACGUCAUUAUAGUAUAUUUCGAAAAUAAAAUGUUUCAUUAUUAAACGAAUCCUAAAUAUGUGAAAAAUACAUUGCAAUAUGUAUUUACAAAAAUCAUAUCUAUACAUGGAAAGUUUAAUUACUCAAAAUCCAUGUGAAUAAUAUUUUAAAUAUAAGUACCAGGAAUGUAAAUAUUAAAAAAUAUAAAUUCUUAUAAAUUAUUCAGCAGUUGCUUAUUUAUUUUUUAUAACACAAAUAGGCAGUGAUAAUACGUAAUGGAGAUUCUUAUUAGUAGAUUAUUGCUACUUAUAUUGUCUUAUUUUCAUCACAAUUAACAUAUAUGCAAGGUAAGUAUAUAUUUCAUACCUAUUUUAUACAGAAGAUAGCAGCCACAAUAUUAUUCAGUAAAUAAAAAAAUAUAAUUGUACAGGCAUAUAAGUGUGUUGAGCAUUUUUUUCAUUUCUUUACCCAUAGGUAGGUAUGCUUAAAAAUUGUUAUGUAUCAGUUUGCAAAAUUACAAAUCCCUUUCCAAUAUUUAGUUACACAAUUCUCUGUUUCAAUCAUACAAAAUUAUAAAUAUAAAAGCACAAACAAGUUGAGUACAUACAGAUAAAUUUAAAUAUAUAUUUACAAGCAGCCAAUGCAAUCUAUGCAUUUGUAAAACUAGUGAAAGAUUGCAGACAUAUAGUGGAAUACAGUAUAUAUAGGAGUAUAAAAUAGACUUCAGACUAAACAUAUUAUCGUUCAGUUUGCUUGAAACUGCAUGUAAACAUGUAAGGUAGUAAAGUACUUCAAAAAUAUUUACAUAUGUAUACUGGUACAAUUUAGGGAAGACAAAAUUAUAUACCUACUCAACUAAAUUAAUUAAAUAGUGCUGACAAUUAAGUACAUUUUACACAUUUAUAAUACAAGGCAUAUGAAAGGGGUACAGUAUGACACUUACUGGUCAUAAAGUUUGAAAGUUAUGGAGAAAUGUUUAAAAGUGAAUAUUAAAUGACAGUACAUUUCUUAACUAUUUCAUUAUCAAUAUUUCCAUGAGGUCAGAGUUCAGAUCUAAUUUACAUGAUAUGAAUUUUAAAUUUAAUCACAGAAAAAAUAUAUUGUAAUUAUUGUUUUUUUUAUAUCAGUGAAAUCAACAACUUUUAACGACAUAGAGUGAUUUUGAUUACAGUUUUGGAACUAAUAAAAACUAUACGUAUA